CAUGUGACAAACCAGCCGCGGCUUGUGGGUGGUGGGAACUUCUGAGCCUUCUGGCACAGCACUGCAACUUGCACAGGAACCCACCCCAAGAUCUAUCUCCCUCCCUCCUGAAACGAAACAACAACCCUUCCUCACAACACAGAAUGUCCACAAAGAAACCCGUCGAGGUCGACGUCAAAAAAGCAGUCGGGUUCAAAUACCCCUCCGACAAAGUCCUAUACAAUCGGCGGGACCUCCUCCUCUACGCAGCCGGCUUGAACUUGACCGAGUUGCGGUUCACCUACGAACUGGAGAAGAACUUCUCGGCGUUCCCUACCUACCCCAUCGUUCUCCCGCUCAAGGGCGACACCCUCGAUGUGAGCUCCUACGCCGAGCGCGCGGGGUUCGGGAACAUCCCCGGGUUGCCGAAGAUAGACUUGAACCGUUUGGUUCAUGGGGAGCAGUACUACGAGUUGCUGGCUCCUUUACCGGAAGCUGGCCGCUUUGAUCUGGAGUCGACGCUUACUGGAGUGUACGAUGCGGGGAAGGGGAUGAUCUUGGAUAAGGAGACGGUCAUGAAGGACGCGUCUGGGAAGGCUUUGGCCAAGAUGGUGUCGAGUGCCUUCGUUAUUGGCGCCGGUGGCUUUAAUGGGCCACGUAAGCCCAAACCAGAGAAUAUCGUGGAUGUCCCAUCUCGCCAGCCUGACAGCGUCGAGGAGAUCAAGACGACGCCAAACCAGGCGUUGAUCUACCGUCUCUCUGGGGAUUACAACCCUCUCCAUGCAGACCCACGGAUUGGGAAGAAACUCGGCAUGAAGGGUGCCAUCUUGCACGGUCUUUGCUUUUACGGUAUCUCAGCAGCCGCCGUUCUCCAAAGCUUCGCCAACAACGAACCCUCCGCCUUCAAAUCCAUCUACGGACGGUUCGCGUCCCCCGUCUACCCGGGGGAGACCCUCCAGGUCAACAUGUGGAAGGUUGCCGAGAAGGAUGGCAAAGUUUACAUUGCGUUCGUGACGAAGGUUAAGGAGAGGGAUGUUGUGGUCAUCAGCAAUGGUACGGUUGUACUGCACAGCGGAGCUCAGAGCAAGCUUUGAGGAGAUAAGAAGAUGGAUGUCGUCCUUUGCCGAGUGUUGCGUCGCUUUCAUCACAAAUGAUUGUCUCAGCACUAGAAACGAGAAGCGCAACAUCUGCUUGCCAUCACAAUGAUUCUUGAAUCCUUAUGCCCUGCUUCUGUAUAUAUAUGGGAAUCUGUGGCGACUCAGAAUCUUACCCGAAAGAAAGCUGAACUCCUCGACUCCCACAAACUUCCCUGCACAACGCAAAUCAAUGAUGGCAAUGGGCCUUGCAGGGUCGUCCAUACAUUCCGACCCUCCCCAUCGCCAUGAACGAUGCGUGAGUAUGCAGCAUUGUAAGCGCGUUUGAUGGAUGAGGGUCGCCGGCCGGGCUCAGUUGUCUUUGUUUGAUCGGGUCGGGCAAAAAACGCCCAUGCCGAUCGGUUGGUCAGCA